CAUCCAAAAAAGCGAGGUUUAUUUUUAGACUACAGUACCACACAGUGUAUUUGCAGCGCGGACUUGAUACAGUAAAAUAAUAACUCCAGCCCACUAUACUAAACGCCUGAGGACAUAUCAUUCAGUCAGGACAAUGUUAUUCAGAUUCGGCGUCAUUCUCACUCCGGACUCGUCGGACUCGGAGGUUUUUGUUUUGGGUUCGCGUCCAGAAAUGGGCCAGUGGGACCCGAGCGGAGCGGUUCAGAUGACAGCCUCUCAGAAGUUCCCGUCACCGCAUGAACCGUGUCUGUGGAUCGGCGAGGUGGAGCUGUCAGAGCCGGUUACAGACACACUGUGGUUCAAGUUCAUCAAAAGAGUCAGAGGCACUUAUAAAUGGGAAGGCAAUGGUCCACACCACGACAGAAGUUGUUCAUAUGAUAAGAGGAACAUGGUGGAUGGAGUGUACUGCCACCCGAUUGGUCACUGGAUAGAGGAAACAGGACACACAGAUGAGAUGAAACACACCACCAACUUUUAUUUCAGUGUGGCAGGUCAGAAGGCCAUACAUUUUUCCAGGGUGCUGCCACGGAUUUGGCUGGGCAGCUGUCCACGACAGGUAGAACAUGUGACUAUCAAGCUGAAGCAUGAACUGGGUGUUACUGCAGUGAUGAACUUUCAGACAGAAUGGGAUGUGGUGAACAACUCCCAUGGCUGCAGGCGCAACCCAGAUGCAGCCAUGACUCCAGACACCAUGAUCCAUUUGUACAAUGACUGCGGCCUGGUGUAUGUGUGGAUGCCCACGCCUGACAUGAGUACUGAGGGUCGCAUCAGGAUGCUUCCCCAGGCUGUAUUUCUGCUUCAUGGUCUCCUGGAAAAUGGUCACACUGUCUAUGUUCACUGUAAUGCCGGAGUGGGCAGGUCGACAGCAGCUGUGUGCGGCCUGCUCAUGUACGUCCUGGGCUGGAGCAUGAGGAAGGUGCAGUACUUUGUCACAGCCAGGAGGCCGGCAGUGUACAUAGAUGAGGAAGCUUUAGUCCAAGCUCAGGCAGAUUUCAUCCAGAAGUUUGGACGGCUGCGAUCAUCCAUCUCUUACCCAGAGACAUGAAAGUUUUGUGUCCUUGUAAUGAAGUCUUAAAAUUUGAUAAUGAAUUUACAGUCAUGGAGGGCUCCACUGGAGACUUUUUGAAACUAAAAUUAUUCUUGAAGUUGUGUAGAAUAAAGUAUUGUAUAGUCAGCAUAAAAUAUGCCUGAAGGUAAAAAAACAAGCCAAGAAAAUAUACUACUUUCCACAAAAAUCUAAUGUAUGUUCACUGACCCGCUUCUGCUGAGUGGCUUUUGAAAUCUGGUUGAUUCCCAAAUAUCCAGAAAGAGUUCUGCCGGCUGCCAGCGUACAGUAGAUUUUGCAAGCAAUUAAUCCUCCUGUGAUGUGUGAGCUUUUAACUUCAGGAAUUACAAUGUGCCAUUUGGUAUUCACAGUUGCAAAUUCUGCACUUGGAAGCAGCUGAGGACACUAUUAGUGCUUCUUGGUGUAUGUCUGCAGGGGUUUUUGGAGAGACCUUUUCUUUUAGCCUUUUUAGUAAUCAAUGAAUAGAGUUGACAUUUUGAGAAGGCACUUCAGCCCUGUUGAAUGAGAGAUGAGAUUUCUUCUUUCAAAGUGAGAAGGAGGCAGGUCAAAUAUGUUGAGUGUUCCCACUGUUUAAACAUGUUGUGCUUCUCAGUAAAG